AGAUUCUUGAACUUUGAUUGAACUCUUGAGAUUGAGUUAAGUUCUCCUCCUACAGCUUACCCCCUAGUGCGUCGAAAGCCAUAGCGUCGCGAAUACUUCAUCAAUCAACGUGAUUCAAAUUGGGAACGGUAGCUGAGAUCAAGAGCUACAACAUAUCCAAGUUUCGCGACAUUCCAACGGCUAGUGUUUUGUCGACGUCGUUUCUUGUAAAGACGACUUUUCUGUCCAGAAUUUCGGAUUUAUAUUUUGAGUAAUUCUAGCUCCUAAGUUCACCUAGACUCUGUCCUUAAUCCUAACAAGUGGCAUCAGAGCGAUAUUAAGGACAUUGAGAGGAGUCUACAGAAGUGUGAAGACCCUUCUAGACCCACCAUGGCCUGUGGGUGUGCCUAAGUGGUGUUCUAAAGGUUGGAUGUGUCUUCCGCUAAGGGGAAACUCUGCCGAAAUUUCGUGGACGCCGACACUUGUGAAAAUAUCGAGGGAGCUGAGUGUGGACAGCAAAGGGGAGCUGAAAUUCGUCAUUUCUCAAGGAGAAGAUGAAUGAGAGAGGAGGAGAUGCUAAUGGAAGAGGAGCUGUAGCUGAGAAGACAAGUGAGCCGCCGCCAUCAAAAGUUGAAGCUUUGGAUGGCUCCAACUAUGAGGAAUGGAGCGGACGGAUGAGGAGUGCCUUCAAACGCUACAAGCUCCUGAAGAUUGCUGUUGGGGAAGAGAAGAUGCCGGAAGAAGGCGAAGCACGCGAACGAGGUAGAGGCCGAGGUGACUAUAAUGAGGGGCAUGGGAGCUCUAGUGGCAGGGGGAGUACCAGAAUGGAGGGCACGUGCUGGUACUGCAAGAAGGUCGGGCAUCCUUGGUUCAAGUGCUUCAGCAGGCUGGAGGGAUGGUCACCUCCAGGCAUGAAGCCGCCAAGUGAUUCUUGAACUUUGAUUGAACUCUUGAGAUUGAGU